UCUCAGUUGCUUGCUGAUCUCGGUGAAGUCCAGGUCUUCUGCCCAAGAUGAAUUUGGACGGCACUUCAGGUGGUUUCCCAGCUGAAGAGGAUCAUCAUAAUGAAGAAACACAAACAAAGAAAAAAAGAAAAACAAAACACCGACAUAAAUUUUCUGAAGAAUUAUUGCAGGAACUUAAGGAAAUAUUUGGAGAGAACUGUUAUCCUGAUUACACAACUAGGAAAACACUGGCCAUCAGAUUUAAUUGUCCGAUAAAUGUAAUAGAUAAUUGGUUCCAGAACAAAAGAGCCAGACUUCCACCUGCAGAAAGACGCAGAAUAUUUGUUCUUCAGAAAAAGCAUGAUUUUCCAGUCCAAGCCCAUCCAUUUUUAAGCUGCCAGGAGACCCAGGCUGCAGCUCACAACUAUGCCACCAAGCAGAGCCUCUCUGGUGCCCAGAGGGCUCUGAUGAGAAGAGCUGGUUGCUCCCCUCUGGAGAAACAGAGGAUUCCCAGUCAAGAGAUGGGCUACAAUUGCUUCUUUUUGGAGAACCAAGAGACUCCCAGUCAACAUGUGGGCCCCCAGUGCUCUUAUCUGGAGAAACCAGGGAUUCCCAGUCAACAGGUGGGUUCCCAGUGCUCCUAUCUGGAGAAACAAGGGAUUCCCAGUCAACAGGUGGCCUCCCAGAGCUCCUAUCUGGUCGCAGGUACUGAAAAGCAUCCAGGCUGUGCUAUGGGGUAUGGAGGUGACACAGGAAGUGAGCAUUCUACUGCCUAUCAUUUUCUUAGCUACAACUCUGCAGAAUGCCUUCAUCCUCCCCCAUCUUCUGUGCCAUAUUUUCAUGGAGAAAGGACUGAAACCAGGGAAAGCCAGCAUGCAAGUCCCUUCCUUUUGGAUUACACUCAAGGUGCAUAUGGAGUGAAGAAAGACCAUUGUCGUUGCUCAUUCUGUCUCUCACUGCUGCGAGAACAGCAGCAGAAUGAUUGGCAGUAUCACCCGCAGCAGCACCAACAGCCUCAGAAUUACUCAGAGGGGAUGAUGUUGCAGGAACAGCUGCCGAUGGACUCGGGUCCUUGGGAUCUAGACAAGCAGUGGCCCUCGGCUCAGUCACAGCUGCAGAGUCAACUGCCUCAGAAUAAUGGAAAGCCGUUGUGCUCUCAACUGCAGCACGUGCCUCCCCAAAUAGCUGCCGACUCACCCCUGCUGCCUCUGGGGCAAGAUAUGCAGGAAAGGGCUUCAGAGCAACCCAGGACCCAAAUGCAGCAACUUUAAGUUGAGGAGUGGACCAGGGUCUGCAGCAGGGAACCAAGGAUGCAGCUCUGCAAAGUAGUGCUAAGUGUCAGAGAACCACAGUCGCAGGUCAGG